ACCCUGACUAAAACACAAAGCCACAGAACACGUUGAUAUUAUGAUGUCUUAGGGUCACACUUCCUAAAAAAACAGAAAAAGAAUCAUUUUUCUUGAACCUUACCAACAAAAUACUCCUGGAUUCAGAAACUGACAGAGGAGAAAAAGAGAGAGGGAAAGAGAGAGAGAGAAUGAAUCCAUCCCAACCAUCUACAUCACAAGGCCCAGAGAAAAGACGCUUGUCUUCCCAAGUUCUCUUAUGGACUGUUGCUGGGGUCUCCAUGCUACUGCUCAGCGCCUGUUUUAUCACCAGAUGUGUUGUGACAUAUCGUGUCCUUCAACUCUGUGAUGAGAAUAAGUUCCAGCUACAUGAGGCAUUCAUGGACUUCUCCUGCUCCAGUGAUGGAUUGGGUUCAGUCAAGAAUUGCUGUCCAUCGAAUUGGGUACAUUUUCAAUCUAGCUGCUACUUCUUUUCUACUAACACCAUGUCCUGGGCAUCGAGUUUAAAAAACUGCUCCGACAUGGGUGCUCAUCUUGUUGUUAUCAACACGCGGGAGGAACAGGAAUUCCUUUUCUUUGCGAAACCUAAAAGGAGAGAGUUCUAUAUUGGACUGACAGACCAGGUGAAGGAGGGUCAGUGGCAAUGGGUAGAUGGAACACCUUUCUCAGAAUCUCUCAGCUUCUGGGAUGUCGGGGAGCCCAAUAAUUUAGUGACAGUGGAGGACUGUGCCACCAUCCGAGACUCUUCAAAUCCCAGGAAAAAUUGGAAUGAUAUGCCCUGUUUCUUCAGUAUUUUUUGGAUUUGUGAAAUGCCAGAAAUAAAUGUCUAAAGCAACAGAAAAAUUCUCUAAGAGCAGAAAGUACAACUUAAAUGCAUAAAUAUGGAGGCACAAGAGCAUGAACAUAGCUCCAACCAGAGAGAAGUGUGUGCGGCACUUAAUGAGGACUCCUUAGGGACAUUGGGAGGACUUCGUUGCUUUUGCUACCAAUAAAAAUGAGUCGUUUUGAAUGUUA